CGGCCGAACUGUCAACAUGUCCCACAUAUAGAAAACGUUACGGCAGCGCUGGGUUUACGUUCUCGGGAGACUUCCAGCGCGUUGGAAGAAUUAGAAAUAUGACGACUGAAAUCAGUCACAAGUUACCAGGAGAACAUGUCUAUGACGGCAUUUUGUUUUUCGGAUAUACUCCCCCGGAUAUUCUGGACGCCGUGAAGGAUUUUGAGGUGCGAGAUGACGAUGUGUUCAUCGUUACCUACCCGAAAGCAGGAACAACAUGGAUGCAGGAAGUCCUGUGGCUGGUGAUGAGUGACGGGAAUUUUGAUUCGGCCUACCAGAAGCCCCUGUACUUCCGGUCUCCCUUUCUCGAGUUCAAAGACGACGUCCUGAAUGAGGUCGGUCUGGAGCUGGCCGAUCCAAUGCCAUCCCCGAGAGUGAUUAAGUCCCAUCUUCAGGUGAAACUUAUGCCAAGACAAAUCAAGCAGAAAAACUGCAAGAUCGUGGUGCUUUUCCGUAACCCCAAGGACUGUGUGUCGUACUACCACUUCUACAAGUCCAGCUCUUCAUUCGGAAACUUCCAGGGGACGUGGCCCGAGUUCCUCUAUAUGUUCCUGUCGGGGCACGUGGACCACGGAUCAUGGUUUGACUUCACGCGGGGAUGGUGGCAGGAGCGACACAACACCAACGUUCACAUCGUCUUCUACGAGGACAUGAAAAAGGACCUCCCAGGCGCAAUCAAAGAAUUGGCCGACUUCCUGGGCAAGAGGAAUCUCGGUGACGCAUUGAUUGACAGAAUAGCUCGGCACUGCACCUUUGAAAGCAUGAAACAGAACCCUAUGACGAACCAUGAAGACGUGUAUUCAAUUGACAGCAAAAUGUCGCCAUUGCUACGAAAAGGAACAGUGGGCGACUGGAAAGAGCUCUUCACAGUGUACCAAAACGAAGUGUUUGAACAUGAGUUCACCAAGCACCUUGGUGAUCUGAACAUUCCCUUUGUGUAUCAGCUCUAGGCAGAGAUGGGGAAGUGGAGACAAGUUUGUGGACAUACUGAAACACCCAGCGGAAAGACUGCCAUGAAGGAAUAGUUAAGUGAUCGUCUUGUCAUAGCACUCUGGAAAGGUCACGAACCAUGUUUACAGAGGCCAUCACCUGGUUGUGAUUGGAGCAAAGCUGCAUCCUGUGGCAGGCUCAUAAUAUCUUUAUUUGUUAGUCUGAUGUCAUGUAUACAGGAUUCUGUACAUAGUAACCAUUUUCACAUUGCUUGAAAAUUUCAUGUGUAAGAUGAUAAAUAUAUUAGACAUUAUGAUAGCUGUUGAAACUAGACAUGACAAACAGAUUCUUAUGUAAGUGUACUGGUGUAUAAUAGUCUCAAUGUUUGCUUGAGUUAACACAUUGAAAAGUGAAUGACUGCUAUUAUCUUCAGGAUAAUGCUGAAGUUUGUCACUCUCUCGUCAGUGUGCAUCCUGUUAUGUAUUGGUGAAUAGUUAGGCCUACAAAACAAUACAGAUGAUAAACACUUCUCAUGAUU